ACCGCGACAUCGUCACUCGUCAGUCUACAGGACACUCCACCGACGCUAAGACAUCGUCAUCCAAGCUAGAUUUCUGAAUCUACUUCGAUUAAUUUUACCAUAACGACUUCAACAGCAACAACAAUACACUUUUGUCAUGGACAUGAAUUUCGGUACAUUGUUGGACUUGGAUCGAGUUCAACACGAUGACUUGGAGCCCGCCGCCGACGCCGGAUCGUCGAUCACGGUGAUCGUGUCGUCGAGCAACAACAACAGCGGCAACAGCAGCACCAGCAGCAGCCGCAGUACGCCGUCAAGCUUUCCGCCGGUCACUGACUACCGCCAUCAGCACCGCCGCCAACAGCAGCAGCACGUCCAGCCCGGCGCCGUAGACGUCCACCGUCACCAACGCGAUCGCGACGACCGCCUCGACGGCGUGGACAACAUGCACGCGACCCAAUUAUCAUCGUCGGCCGUAAACGGAUACGACAGCAUGAUGAUCGCGGGAUACAACAAUUACUGCAGCAGCGCCGCCGCCACGUACGAUCCGUACAACGGCUACACGCAAACGUUCGCCCCGCUGCCGCCAUACGACGACAUUCGUAACUCGGCUCCACUGUUGCCUCUCUUACACCCACAGCAGCACAUGCCACAGCAACACGGUCCCGCGUUACUCGGCAGCGAUGAGAUGCAGACCGGCGCGGUCAACGUGCAGCGCAAACGGGAGAAGCAGAAGCGCCAGCGGACCGCUUACUCGAGCGAGCAACUGAUGCACUUGGAGGAGUCGUUCACGGCCAACCAGUACUUGAACAGAGCCAGGCGCAUCGAUUUGGCUCGGACCCUACGGCUUACGGAGAGGCAAAUCAAGAUUUGGUUUCAAAAUAGGCGCAUGAAAGAGAAGAAGUCCAAAAGGGAUUCCAGCCAAGUGGAAUCGACCAGCGGCGGAGUGACGGCCAUGACGCCGGUGACCUUGGCUGCGAUCAGCGGUCCGCCGGCGGCGGUGCCGGUAACCGUGGCCGGUUGCGGUUACGGCGCCGGUCAUUACGCCGCGGACAACGGCUGCUCGUCGCCGACCGUCAACAUGGCGAUGAAGUAUAGCCCGUCGAGCACGUACUCGACGCCGUCGCCGCCUGGCGUCGCACAGCACCAUCACCAGCACCAUCAGCUCGUCGAACAUCAGCGCCCGGGACCGUCGGGCACGCUGCACCACUUUUCAUCGUAUGCGGCCAACAUGUACAACGGAGCAGGAGGAGGCUCUUGCACGAUGCCGCCCACGUACGAGGAAACCGUCAACGGACAGCACCAGUCCGUGCCGCUGCCGCCGCAAGUGCACCUGCACUGGUAUCCGACCUCGGUCAUAGCGUCUCAUGACUCGACCGCCGACGGGUUGCAGUGACUCGUUAAGCUUUUGACGGCGACGACCGCGGACAGUGGGAAGGGAGUGCCGGGAGAGGGCCCGCCUCGUGCUUCCGAUGCGAUCUCAGUCCGGGAUCGAAUCGGAAGCUCGUCGCACCCUACGAACGGUUUUUUAUUUUUUUUUUCGCUUUACAUUUUAUUAUUUUGAUUUCAAUUUUGUUUUCCUAUAUUUUAAUAUCUUAAUUCCCGAUGUUGGCCGUCUGGACGACGACACGCUCGUGGGUUUUUUAAACGUCAUAGUUGGAACUGAUUAUUUUUAUUUUUUCAUUAUUAUUAUUAGGUACUAUAUUUGUUUUCCCCGUUACAAUUAUACUUUAUACAUAAAUUAUAAACUACACGAUAUACCUAUAUAUACUCUACGUUGAAAUCUAAAAACUACUCAAUAUAAUCUUUACCUAUUAUAUUAUACUAAUAUUAUUAUUAUAUAUUAUAUCAUUACACUAGCACAAAAUUAUUCUAAGCACGCUUACAUAUUAUACUAUAUAGCACGCGAACUAUCAUGUUAUAAUCUUCGAAAUGUAAAGGAAAAAUGAAAAAAAUAACAAUAACAUCAUUAUAUAUAUAUAUAUCAUAACACAACUAUAUUAUAUUUAUAUUUUUAUUAUAGCCCAGACUGUUUAACUUACUGUACUAACCUAUAACUAUGCCGAUUUUUGUACUAAAUAUAUUUUUAAUCACCAAGUAAAUAUCAUCAUAUUAUUAUAUAGGUAUAUAUUGUUUUAUUACUAUAAAUAAUAUUAAUUAUAUUAUUAUCAUUAUUUUGUAAAAAAAACAAAAACAAUGGAAUACGUUCAACUUGUUUUUUUUUAUUAUUAUAAUUAUUAUUAUUAUUUAUUACUGUUACAACGACCACACACGAGUUAUGCAAUUUUGAUAAUUUUAGUUAUUACAUCGAAAAUUAACGGGUUAAAAACGUUUCGUCUAAGCAAUUGUUUCCGAUGCGUUUUUUAUUCAUACAAAUUUGGCAUUUUUUAAUCAUACUAACAAUAUUAUAUAUUGAACUUUUAUUUUUUUUUAUUUACAACAAUCGUACUUUUUAUACUUUUUUUACUGUGUAGAUCAUCAUUACAAUGUUGUGUAUAUAUAUUAUACACUCAUCAACAGUUUAUAAAAGGGAUAAUUAUGUUUAAAAUAUUUUAAUGUUUUUAUAUAUUUAUUAGAUAAUAAACUUUUUGUAUUCUUUAUUUAUCUUAUUCAUAUUUUUGUAAUGCUGAUUGGCAAUUUCUAUAAAGAACUAAGAAGGAUUAAUAGAAAACAUAUACUCGUAGUGUGUCAUUCGUUCUUUCCUACAUAUAUUUAAGACUAUUAUUAUAAAAAUAUAUCUAUAAUAAUUAAUUUUGUAAAUGUAUAUAUUUCAACAACAAUAAAAGCUUACAGGUUUA